AUGGAACAGAGCUUGAAAAUAGGACUGCCGGAUGGGUUUGAACAUGAUGGUUCCAACAACAACAAGCUGAAACUACUAUAUAAAGAGGCAAUGGAACAUGAAGACGAGGACCCAGAACAGUAUCUCAACCGCAGAGUAGAAGAGCAGAACAAUAGACGCAAUAAUCCCCCAGGAACGACACCUGAAGAUCGAAAGGCAUUUGCAAAACACUUACAGGCUCAAAUGCGUCAGCUGUUGAUUGAUAUGCAGAAACUCGACACUGAUGUAGCUGUCACUCCUCAUUCACAGACUCCAGAAGACUGGGAUAGCACACCAAUUCUGAUGUGUCACAUCAUUCUGUGUCUUCUCGAUCUAUCUUUAAGUCGUUUCUAUCUGGAUGUAAAGAAAGUGGAGGGAGGCACAUCCAGUUUCCCGUGGGUCAGCUUCAAACGAGUUGCCGAUGAUGCUGGGUUGACUUCUUAUUACUAUAACGAUGAGCACAAGCUUAAGCUUGUUGGGUUUGAUUUUGGUGUGAAUGAGCAAACUGGUCAAUAUUAUGCGACAGCGGUUAGACCUAUGCUGAUGGGCGGUGCUAAUUUAAACGAGCUAGAUCGAGCGGUUAAAGCCAAAAGAGUAAAGCUGCUUUCGCCCGACGAUGUGCUUAACAUGACCGUAAACGAGACGAAUGAGGAAACCUUGAGCAAAAACCUUGGAUAUGCAUUUCUUAAAUAUUUAGAGCUUACUACGCUUGUUGAAGAGAAGCUAGCAUCUGAAAAUCCUUCGGUAAAAGAGGAAGAAGGCUGCCCUGCUUGUCCCCCGAUAGGCAAUGUUUUUGGCAUUGAGGACCGUAUGUUCGUUGCUAUCGAUGGAAAUAUGCAGUUGAAACGCUAUAAAGCAAAUGAAAACGAUAAAGAAAAGUAUCUUAGCAAGCAAUAUUUUUCUGCUGAUGAGAAGCAAGAUCUAUAUGACAAAGAAACGCCUCAGCCAGCAACAAAUACUGCGAGAUCCUGUGACAGCAGUUUCGAGGCAACUGCGAAAUCUUCUCAUGGCAUGUCAAUGGGAUCGAAAGUGUUUGGAAAUUUAAACAAGGAUUAUGAAAGAGGAUUUUGUUUUGCCAACGAUGUCUAUCACAUCCCAUGUUGCAGUACCGGGAAAGAUAUUGUCCGGUUAACGCCGUUCUCUUUCGAAUUUGUCAACAUCGAUUAUGGCGUUUUGACUUUGUAA